CACCAUAGUUAUACAAUACUCCUCAAACAGAGGUGUCCUAAUAUAAGUUAGCAUGCCAACGUGGUCCAUUCCAAGACACCGGGCCUGAUCAUUCGGUUUUCCAUUGUUCACAACAGUAUCUUUAACUCUACAGACCGUCAUACCUUGGUCACCUCCCUUAACCACACCAUGUCCUCCCGCAGAACCUCCGACACCCUUUGCACCAGAUUCCCCCUCUUCCCCUUCCUCCCCCUCGAACUUCAAGACCUCAUCUGGGACCAAGCCGCGACCCUCUCUCCCCAAAUCCACUUCUUCCUCGGCCACCGCCAGCCCAUCUCCACCUGGGAGGCACGCGAGCCGCCCCUCAACCUAAUCCCUCACCGUGAGUCCGGCGCCCACACCCAAGUUUCACUAUCCCUUACUUGCCACGCGAGCCGCGGAGCCGUCGAAAGACACACCAAAACCAUCAUCCUCCAGAGACCGACCGUCAUGUGCACGGCAGGCAAACCAAGCGCAAGCCCGAGCGUGGCGCUCGUCCUGAACCUGGAGACAGACCUGGUGUGUUUCGGCGGGCCUGAUGCGGACGGCAGCGGCGUGUGGGACGCGAUCAACUGGGGCGAGGGCAACCACCUCGUGUUCGGCGGAGCAAAGCGGUUCGCGGUGCGGUAUAAACCGGGCUGGGAGCACGCGGGGCCGGGCUCGCUGCCGCAUGACGUGCGCUGUCCCGGCGGGUGGGUCGGGGCGAGGAAGGGGGAGAAGGCUGGGUUUUGUAGCCGGUGUGUGGCGAGACUGAUGGAGAGGUUUGUCUGGCUUAACGAGUUUUACCUCAUUCUUGACGAGGCGGACUUUGGGGACACGGAAGAAUUGGGGAAAGGGAAACAAUGUCGGGUCUGGCUGAGGCCUGGGUCGGGGCCGCGAGUAUUUUACUCCUUCAGCCGGACUUAUUUUAUGCUGGAUGUGGCAGGGAUUCCCGGGACAGACGCUACUGUGACAGAGGCUUGUGGGGUUUUGAACCGGUUGAGGGCGAAUCUGCGCGAUCCAGGGCACAAUCAGAUGCCAUGGGUGAAGAGGAUCAAAAUGGGACUGAUGAUAUGGCGACAGGACAUGUAAACUUGAUCAUCGCAAGCGAAUUGGAAAAUGUCGCGCCUCUGGAGAGAAGAACUACCUGGUAGGGAUGUGGUGAAAUGCUGAACCUCGGAAGCCUAACGAUAUAUAUCAAGGUUGGAAUCAUGGAAAGCAGCAGAACUAAGGAACGGGUUGACGCGAUGUCUUCAAGGUUGAAUUUCCAGAUUGUUAAUAUCAUCAAGUUGGAGGUGAAAUUGGUUUUCGAGAUGUGGAGGCAAACAAACAAGCAAUGAACAGAAUGUAAAUGUUUAGGUGUUACUGGUUUGUAAGAUACUCGGUAGAGCAGGCUGAUCGUCGAC